GUCUCAAAACACCCCCCCAUUAAAAUAUAAUUGUAAUUAUAAUAUAAACAUAUAUAAUGUAUAAUUACAUAUAAGUAUAAUUUAAUUUUACUACAAACAUCCCCCCACUCCAAUCAGUUGUAUAUUCAUUCCCCCACUAUGCCUCCCAAAUUGGUGAGCUUUUUAUCUUUGAAAAAAGAAAAUAUACACACAUAAUGCAUAAAUACAACAUGCUCAGUCUGUUUAGUGUUCCUUGGUUGUAUAUGAGCUCAGGGCUGGCUAUUUGGUAUUGAAAAGCCAGUUAAGGGACUCAUCUCUGAGAGAGGCUAAUAUUCUCUCUUCCCCCUCUCUCCCUCUCUGCAGUCAUUACUUGCCUAUAGUUGCUUUGCCUAGGGGUGGGAUUCCUUCUCAGUGUAUCUAUUGAUUUUUGUCACCGUUCAGGCAUUGUUUAGGCAGCUGUGUUAUUGCGGUAUCAGGGGUAUCAGUUCCCUGUUAUUUCUAGAAGAUGUAACCUCACACCAGACUUCCUGAUUCUCUGACUCUUGCAGUCUUUCUGGUGCUUCUUCUGCAAUGUUCCCUGAGCCUUGGGUGCAAGAGUUGUGUUGUAAAUGUAUCUGGGGGUUGAACUUCUCACAGUCCAUUGAUCUAUUAUGAUAGUUGUGCUUUUCUGUCUUUGCUGGUCCAGCAAACUGGAGGUGGAAGUUCUCCUCUAAGAUCCAUGACCUCAAUAGCCCCCCAGUAGUUCUGCUAGAUUUCUAGUACCAGAGGUAGGAUGUAGCCUUUUAAUAGACAGGUAGCCCAUAUAGCUGCAGUGUAAAGACUCCAGGAGAGAUUGGAGGAGAUAGAAGCUAAGCCAGUGCCAAACUGUAGAGGGUUCAUGCAUAACAUGGAGUGGACAAAGCAGUAAGCUAACUUUUAGCAUUCCGAUCCCAAAUUAUGGUGAAGAUAAAGGUGACUGAGGUCAUGUGGGGCGGAGUGUCUUCCUUUGUGUUAGUUAGCAAGCUCAGAGUGCCAUAUCUGUAGGGGGUUCUUUGACUUAACAAGAAACCAAGGGCUUUGAACCUUAGACAUAGUGUUACCAUGGAAACCUUACUCCUGCCUCAGUGUUCUUGACAGGACCUCAUGAGUCUUGAGGCUCUCUGAGGAGUGGGGUUCCAGGCCAAUAUUUCUCAUCCUUAGUGCAGCUGACUCAUGAUGCCUGGUGACUAUGUGUGGAGAAUGUCCCAGAGUAUUCAGUUGUGUCUCUGCCCUGUACCCUUCAGCCACAAGUAGCAUCGUUCACUCUACCUCUUGUCUGAAAAUCAGAAUGUCUCCAGGACUUUUCAGAUAUCGCCUUCCUGGUUUUAGUUCCUGUCUCCAGGAACUGGGGAAGAGGAAGAGCAGCUGGCUUUUCUGUGACUUGGAGGUUCUACGAGGGAAACACAUGCAGAUAGGUACUGGAGCCCUUGGCAGUUGGCCACUUUGCCAGCUCUCAAACAUAAUUUGGUAGCUGCUACUGCAGAGCUUGUGUCCCCCCCCACCACCACUCCCCCAUCCCUGAAUUCACUGACUGUAACCCUAGCCCCACAGUGUCUGUAGGAGGAAGUUAGGGGGUCAUGGAGAAGGACCCUCACUCUUAGGAUUAGUGUCCUCUUAAAAAGAAGAGCUGCCAUGGUAAUAUAUACCUGUGAUUGUAGCAUUUGAGAAAUGGAAGCAGGAAGGUCAGAAGUUCAAGGUUAUUCCAGGCUGCUUAAAGAGUGAGAGGCCAGCCUGGGCCAUUUGAGACACAAAAAGAAAUGAGAGCCAGAUGCUGAGUGGAAUCCUGUAGUAAUUGUAAGUGUUCCUGGUGGGGUGGAAGGGUGUUCUGGGACUUGAAAGCUCAGGAACCGCACAGCUCUAGACAAGGCAUCUCAACCGAAGGGCAUCCUGGAUCUGGAAAGCCCAGGGAGCACACAACUUUGAGGGGAGAAGGUAUCCCAGUGGGAGGGCAUCCUGAGACAAGGGAGCCCAAGAACCACACAGUUCUGAGAGGAAGCCUCCUCAGCAGAGACAUUGCAGCUCCCACAGGAGGCAUCCCCAGGUCUCUGGGAUCUAGUCUCAGCUUCUUGGUCAUCUGAGCAAUGUCAAGAUUUCAUCUCAUGGGAUAGACCUUAAAUUCCAGUCAGAUUGUGGUGCUGGUAACUCAAACCUAGGUGGCCCCAUGGAGGCCCCGACACCCCAGCCAGUGAAGCAGGAGAACCUGGCUGCUGAGGCCCUGACGCUUGACUCCCCGUGGCACCGCUUCCGCCACUUCCACCUGGGCGAUGCAGCAGGGCCGCGGGAGGCCCUGGGGCUGCUCCGUGCCCUGUGCCGGGACUGGCUCCAGCCGGAAGUGCACACGAAGGAGCAGAUGCUGGAGCUGCUGGUGUUGGAGCAGUUCCUGAGUGCCCUCCCUGCAGACACCCAGGCGUGGGUGUGCAGCCGCCGGCCCCAGAGCGGAGAGGAGGCUGUGGCGCUGCUGGAGGAGCUCUGGGGCCCAGCAACCUCCCCAGAUCGGUCGUCAGCAAUGAGGGCACCUCAGGAUAUGACAGAAGGCCCGGGGGUCAGUGUUGGAAAGGAAGAAAGUCGGGUAAUUCCCUUAGGAACUGGGGCCUCCUCCGGGACAGAGGUACCCGCAACGGGGAACACCGGGGCCAUGCGCCCGUACAAGCAGGAGCCGGGCAGUCCCCCGCCAGCUCCGCUGCCACCCGUCCUCCCUGCCUUCCUAGCGGCCCCAGGCACCGUGUCGUGCCCGGAGUGCGGCAAGUCUCCCUUGAAGCCGGCGCAUCUGUUGCGCCACCGGCAAAGCCACUCCGGUGAGAAGCCGCACGCGUGCCCCGAGUGCGGCAAGGCAUUCCGGCGCAAGGAGCACCUGCGGCGCCAUCGCGGCACGCACCCUGGCAGCCCGGGGCCUGCAUUGCGCCCCCUGCCGGCGCGCGAGAAGCCGCACGCGUGCUGCGAGUGCGGCAAGACCUUCUACUGGCGCGAACACCUGGUGCGCCACCGCAAGACACACUCUGGAGCACGGCCUUUCGCCUGCUGGGAGUGUGGCAAGGGCUUCGGGAGGCGUGAGCAUGUGCUCCGUCACCAGCGUAUCCAUGGCCGUGCAGCUGCGGUAGCGCAAGGGACUUCAGCACCGGGUCCAGAGGGUGGCGGUGCCUUUCCUCCCUGGGCUCUGGGGUAGCUGUGGUUUUAAACACCUGCUGUAAAGCGUCAUCCCCUUAGAGUUCUCCCAACCCCAUUGCCUCUUCCCUUUCGAGCCCCAUAUCCACUCUUUCCCUUCUGGAGUUAUCAGCUUUCACCCACCCCUGCGAAAUACCCUUCUCUCCCUCCCUCAUUCCAUCCCCUGUUCAUGAAGGAGAGACUUGCCCCAGGACACCCUUCACGUGGGAAAAGGGGCUCAGGGAAGGAGCAGAACCCCACUCCUCCCAAGGAAGGUGAUCUUGAUCUUGAACCACAGGACAGAGUUGGGGCCAAUGGAGAGAGGAGGCCCAGACCCGGAUCUGGUUCUCUCCACAGCCCAAAAGAAUGAGGUGGGGAGAGGUACCCGAGAAAGCUUGUCGCAGAUGGCAGGUCACCAGCAUCUGAGAGAGUAAUAAAGUGACUGACUCAGUGUGUACAAGA